CAGGGCAACCCGAGCGACGCCAGACGAAGACAGGCGUUAGGAGGGCGGCGCCGCCAGGGCUGGGCCCGAGGGCCACGGGAGCAGCUGACCAUGGAGCCCCACAAAAUCGUGCCACUCUCAAAGCCGCAUCCUCCCGUUGUGGGCAAGGUGACUCAUCACAGCAUCGAAUUGUACUGGGAUCUGGAACAGAAAGAGAAACGGCAAGGACCACAGGAGCAGUGGCUUCGGUUCUCCAUUGAGGAGGAGGACCCCAAGAUGCACAGCUACGGUGUCAUUUACACGGGUUAUGCAACAAGGCAUGUGGUUGAAGGCCUAGAACCAAGGACACUAUACAAAUUUCGACUGAAAGUCACCAGCCCCUCUGGAGAAUAUGAGUACAGCCCAGUCGUCUCGGUGGCUACGACCCGGGAGCCCAUAAGUAGCGAACACUUUCAUCGUGCUGUCAGUGUGAACGAUGAAGAUCUCCUGCUUCGAAUUUUGGAAGGAGGCCAUGUCAUGAUUGACGUGCCCAACAAAUUUGGCUUUACUGCUCUCAUGGUUGCUGCUCAGAAAGGCUACACCAGGCUUGUGAAGAUCCUAGUCUCCAAUGGCACAGAUGUGAAUCUGAAGAACGGAAGUGGCAAGGACAGUCUCAUGCUUGCAUGCUACGCGGGGCACCUAGAUGUUGUCAAAUACCUCCGGAGACACGGAGCUUCUUGGGAGGCUCGAGACCUCGGAGGCUGCACAGCUCUGCACUGGGCUGCAGAUGGAGGCCAUUGCUCUGUGAUUGACUGGAUGAUAAAGGACGGUUGUGAGGUAGAUGUUGUAGACACUGGUUCAGGAUGGACGCCACUCAUGAGAGUCUCCGCUGUGACAGGAAGCCAGAAGGUGGCCUCACUCCUCAUCGAGGCUGGGGCUGACGUGAACAUCAAGGACAAAGAUGGAAAGACGCCUCUCAUGGUCGCUGUCUUAAAUAACCACGAACAGCUCGUUCAGCUACUUCUUGAUAAAGGGGCAGAUGCAACUGUGAAAAAUGAGUUUGGCAAAGGUGUCCUAGAAAUGGCCAGAGUUUUUGACAGACAGAAUGUACUUUCCUUACUGGAAGAAAAGAAAAAAAAGAUGCCAAGGAAGUCCUCUGUCCACUGAGCAGAGUGCUACUCAUCUGAGAGAACUCAUCUGAGAGACCGACCUGAGAGAACAGCAAACUGUGACCACCGGGCUGAACACGUGACGCGCAGCAUCUCUGAGGACGAGAUGUUUAUUUAUUUAGUUGAAGACUCACAGUAACUUUUAUGUAAUGGGCAUCUCUUCCCACAUUGAAAUACAUCUUUUUACUUAAGCAUGUUCAUAUGUGGUCUCAUCACUGGGCCUCCAUAGAACAGGAAUGUUUUCUUGCCCUGUGCCUUUUGCAGUUAGACACAAAACCAAAUACUUAUGCAUUGGUGUUACAUAAAUGAGAGCGCAUGGGUCCCCACCCCUGUCCCCCCUUCCCCUUAGCUGUCCUCGAGAUGCUCCAGGCCUCCUGGCACCUUCUACUCAUGUGUUUCUUAUUAUCUCUCCCACCCCACUGCAGGCCAGGCUGCUGUUGCCUCCUGCGGCGGGGGCUCCUCCUAAGCACCCAGGAGUUUCCUCUUAGGCUCUUGGCCUCACAUCAAAGCCUAGAAUACAUAUCUGUAGGCUGGCGCUGUUCUGUUUGCAGUGUUUAGUUGAAGGCCAGUGCUGGGAGGGCAGGUCCAUCGGUUCAUGUGUCUGCACAUGCUCACCUCUGUGGUGAGAGGACCCAGGCCCUGGACAGCCUCCCCAGUGAUUAGUGUGUUACAUUGAGAGCAGAUAUGAUUUUUGAGGCAAAUCGUAUAGGUUGUAGACAAAAAGGGGUUAAGACACCAAGACUGUCAGUUAAGAGCCCAAAGAUAGAAAUGUGGGAAGUUUUAGCUGGACCAAGCUUAAACAUUAGCAGAAACAUGUGCAUCUUGUGUCUCCAGGGACAAACUGGUUAAUUUAGCCUUCUAAUAAAGCAGCUAGAAAAACC